AGGUGGUUGAGCUACUGAAGGAAGGAACAACUGCAGGAACAAACAGAGGCAGAGAGAAGAAAAACUGACUAAGGCACCACCAGACAGGGCACUGCUGGGUGGGGAACAUUACUCAAAUGUAUUGGCGCUUAAUGUUUGCCCGGAUCCUUUAUGACUGUUCUUGAAUUGAAAUUAUCAGAUGAGAUUCAAGAGCUUCUCCGCUUUCUGUCAAUGCCACUUUGAAAGAUAUGCCCAGUAUAAAAAACUUGUAGUCCACUAACAUUUGCUGAGAGUAGUCCCACUAAAGUUAAUGGGCUUAAGUUUGUUGUGAUCAUUAGUUCCACUGGAUCUGCUCUGAGUAGAAGUUGGCUGGAUACAAGCCCUUAUUUACAGUAAGUAGAGGUAAAGGUAAAGGGGCCCCUGACCAUUAGGUCCAGUUGUGGCCGACUCUGGGGUUGCGGCGCUCAUCUCGCUUUACUGGCCGAGGGAGCCGGCGUACAGCUUCCGGGUCAUGUGGCCAGCAUGACUAAGCCGCUCCUGGCGAACCAGAGCAGCACACGGAAACGCUGUUUACCUUCCUGCCAGAGCGGUACCUAUUUAUCUACUUGCACUUUGAUGUGCUUUUGAACUGCUAGGUUGGCAGGAGCUGGGACCGAGCAAUGGGAGCUCACCCCGUUGCGGGGAUUUGAACUGGCGAACUUUUGAUCGGCAGGUCCUAGGCUCUGUGGUUUAACCCACAGCGCCACUCACGUCCCUUACAGUAAGUAGCACAAGCCAAAUAAGUCACACAGGAGAAGCAAGGAAAGAGUCUGCUUAAUUAUAUCUGGCCUGAUGCUUUUAAGCCCAGGUUCCUGGCUUUACAGGGCAAGGAGACAGAAGAAUUGCCCUCAGGCAUUGGGAAGCACAGCCGCCAUUGUUCAACCUGCAGACAGAGGGAGAAGUGGAGGAGGUGGCGAGGCCUCUCAGUGUCCUCUUUUGGCUGCCACCACUCCUUAUCUUUCUUCAGAAAGGCAGAGGUAGAUUGAUUUAUGCUUGAUAAGGUCUACAGUGAGAGGAAGCAACUUAUUCCAGCACUCUCUGUGAACCUCCCUUUAUUAUCCGCUCUCUGGCUUCCUUUGAGGUUAGAGGUCACCAAGCUUCUUAAGCCCUGAAGACACACGUGGAUUUCUGGUGGUGCCACGGACACCACCCCUUCUGCUCAAUUCCCUCUCCACACACCUAACAUCUUCAUUCUAUAGCUUUGACCCACCCACCCCAACUGCAAAUUGAUUCCUGGUGAGCUCUCCACUUGGCUGAGUCUGGAGCCCUUCUGUGUAUUUAAACCAUUUUGCUUCCCCAUCAAUCCCUGCAUCAUCUGGUGUGAAACAUCCUUUCUCGUCCUUCUGCAAACGCUUUCCUUCCCUGACUCUUCAUUUGAGCAGCCAGCCCCAGAAUUUCUGCCUUUUCCUUUCCUCCCAUAACUGUAUCCUAAUCCACUGUGGCAAGACUUGCCAAUAGCCUAGCUCUUUAGUUCUUACUUCUUCUUCACCCUUGAUCCCUCCCUGCUUGCAGCUGCCCAUUGUGUUUUUAUCCUUUGGCUGCUCAGGCAUCUCUGCUCCAGUGCAGCCAUUUUGCUCAGCCUCUUUGGGUCCAUCUGACUCACAUCUGCAGUUGACCAUCGAAUUGACAGUUGCUGCACCAGCCUCUCCUGGUGCAAUUCAUUACCUGCCCUUUGACAAUUGAUGUGUCUUGUGAGACCCACCUCUUUUGUUCUGUUUUGGUCUGAAUGGUUUUAUUUGUUUUAUAUUUGAAUAGUUUUAUCUGCAAUUUAUAAUUUUAUAUAUUCUGUUGUUGUAACCUGCCCCGGAACCAUGUGGGUAAAGGACAGAUAAGAAAUCUUAUAAAUUAAUAACUGAAAUAGGUAGAUCUUGAGAUAUUAUUUUAAUUGUCCACUUCAUUUCAUGAUUAUAUAGAAGGACUCCAGGAUGAAACACCACUCAAAAUGAGAUAAGAUGGUCCUGUCAACAAAAGAAGGUAAGUUUCUGCCGCCUAUUUUGAUUGGUUUUUGACUACUAAAUUAUUUGCUGAAAAUUGUGCUAACUGUCUACUACUUUAUAUGGUUCUGAACACAGGAUGACAUAAGGUGCCAAUUCAAAUCAGCAGUUAACAUGGCGGGAGGCUUGACAUUCGCAGAACGUAAGUUGUUUCUGAUAUUUCCUCUUCAGUGCAAUUCAGAAAGACAGAUUUCCAUCAUGCGGAAAAUUGGGUGAGGAGGUCAGGCCAAAGUUAUGUUUCAAUCUGCACUCUUGAUUCAAAAUAGUUCCUGGUAUCUAAAUGGUGAUGAAGACCACUGCCCCCACCUUAGGAACUCUUGUGCCAAGUGUGUCAACAAUAUUUCAAGAUGGUGCCUGGCAUCCAAACGUCAACAAAAUGUGCCACCACCUCGGCAACCCUCAUGCUGAGUUUGGUGGUUGUGAUGAUGUUAGUUUAAUUAUUUGUACCCUGCCCAUCUGACUGAGUUGCCCCAGCCAGCCGCUCUGGAUGGCUGAUGUCUCAAGAGGACGUUAAAAAAAUGAACAAACAGACAAACCACUUUCCAGAAUACAGUAAUACCCUGGUUCUCGAAUGGCUUAGUUGCCAAACAAAUCGACUCCCGAGCGCCGCAAACCUGGAUGUUCCGGUUUGCGAACAUUUUUCAGAAACCGAACAUCUGAUAUGACUUGUGCUUGAGUGCAGGAAGCUCCUGCAGCCAAACGGAAGCCGCGCCUUGAUUUUCAAAUGGUUUCGGGGGUCGAACGGACCUCCGGAAAGGAUUAAGUCCAAGAACCAAGGUAUUACUGUAUACAGUAGUUUAUUUCCAUGCAUAACGAAUAAACUCCAUCUUUCCACAAAUUUGGUUUCCAAUUGUCAUCCUUCUCUAAUGCUGCUAUAAUUUAAUAAUUUAACUGUAUAUGCUAUGCUGCCCUAUUCUCCAGAAUGUUCUACUCAAAUCCUUUUAUGUACGAUACCAUAAUCUGACAUCAAUACUUGCUUGAGACAAUUCAUCCCACAAAUUUACCCUACUAACCAGACCAAAAGCAGUCUUCGAAUAAACAAAUGCAGAAUACAAGGAGCAUUUCUUUACUCUGCCAUACUGGGGAAUCAACUGAGUAAUUAAAAAAGAAUGAUCAACUACUGAAUUUCCUUCUUGCAAUUCUAUUUACUCCUGGGGCAAUAUAUUUGCUUCCUUUAAUUCAAUGCUUCUUUCUUGACAAUAGGUACCGUGAAUACAGUUUGCACGUAACAAUGGGAAAAUUGGUCUAUAAUUUGCUGGGUCAGUUUUGUCACCUUUCUAAAUAUGGGAACCACAAUUCCACCCCUUGUGUUCCUACAAUAAAUGACCAGUCUCAUUUAUUGCUGUAAACAUGGUGGGGUUAUAAUUUGGACCUGAGGGGAUUUUCAUUGCCUGAACUAGUUUGAGUUGAGCUUGCUUUAAACUGAAAUGAAUGCUGACAUUAGUAACUCCUAGCUUAUAUGUAGUACUUUUGAACCUGAAAUUGAAGCCUGCAUUGAGGCUGAGCAGAGAAUGAAGCCUACAUUUUUUCCGUCAUGAGCUGCUUUUUCCACUAAUUAGGUCUGUAAUCUGUGGGGCUAGGCUAGGUUGUUUUGGUUUUUUUAACCUCUCUCCAAGUAUAGGAUUUAUUCUAGGUUUCUGGCUGCAUUUUACUGUGUCCCGAAAGGCCCCCCUGCUAGACCUGAGUUGAAAAUUGAAUUUCUGCAGGAUCAUCGCUCCUGAGCUACAAGUUUUUCAAUAAUUUACCCUACUGGGAUUUAGCUGCUAGCACACAAUGGCUUUUCAGUGCCAUUGUUGCAAGUUUUAGCUGAUGUUCAAAUAAAUUACAUAUUAUGUGACCCAACACCACAAUGCAGCUUCAAGAACCAGUGUGGCUUCCAGAUCGAAUGCGGCUUCCAGAUCUAAUGUGUCAUCCAGAUCGAAUGCGGCUUCCAGAUCUAAUGUGUCAUCCAGAUCCAGUGUGGCAUCCCGAACAAGACUAAAAAGAAGAAGAAAACAGGCCCCUGCAAAGGGUAUGUAUGCAGAACAGAGAAGUUGUUCAUAGCAUAGAGGAGGAACAGUAACAGGAGGCAUCUGUGACCAGUCGUGGUGGGGAGGGCUGGAGAAAAGCCUGCAAUGCUUUGCCAGCCAAAAAGGUUCACUUAGCUCAACAAACAGCAGAGGUUGAGGGUUUGAGUCAAUCGUCAGCUUCUUGCUAUGACAGUGAUGGUGAGAAGUCUCAAGUUUCUGCCUGUGUUCUCUCCUGAUCCACACUGUGCUAACAUACGUGGAAAAGGCUUCACAAGAUUCAGCAUAUCUAACCAUAUAUAUAUAUAUAUAUAUAUAUAUAUAUAUAUAUUAACAUAUAAAUUAUGAAAUGUACCACAAAACUUAUCACUUAUGCAAUCUUUUUAGACUUCCAUCAGCACCUCUGAUGAUCCACUAUUUUAACCACUUCUUAUGCAUUUCUUAACUUUAUAUUGCCUUUACAUCUCUUAACAAAUCAUCCUUCCCCUUCUCCAUUUUUGCAAUACUUCCAAUAAUACUCCUCACAAAACUUCUUGCAAACCUACAAACGUUGUCUGACCUUCACAAAUACUUUUCAAGUAGUCCGUAAAUUUACUCCAGUCUUCCGUGAAUUUAUGGUCCUGCCGGUUUCGAAUCCUUCCUCUUAGUUUAUCUAGUUCUGCAUAGUCCAUUAACUUCAUUCUCCAUUCUUCAAUCGUCGGUAAUUCUUCUUGCUUCCAUUUUUGGGCCAGUAAUAUUCUUGCUGCUGUUAUUGCAUAUAAAAAGAGCUUACAUUCCUUUCUAUUUAUAUCACUCCCCACAAUGCCCAGUAAAAAUGCUUCUGGUUUCUUUAUGAAUGUAUAUUUCAACAUUUUUUUCAUCUCAUUAUAUAUCAUCUCCCAGAAGCAUUUCAACAGCAUAUCUAACCAUUUAAACAGGGAAUCUCAAUGGCAGGUAAGAGAGAUUCCAUCAUUCACUGGCCCUGGCAGUUGACAGGGGAGAAAAAAAUCAGAAAAUUGUCCAUGGCUUGCUCAUCCUAAGGACCAUGUGAGGGGUGAAACCAGAAAACAAUGGGUCUUGACAAGUAUAGGUUCUUUAGGAUAAAUAUCUUAUAUGUCAGGGCUGCAAUUAUUUUUAUUUUUAUUUUUGCCAAAGUUUUAGGAAAUUCACCAAAAAAAUAACAGGUUUUCGACGGACAAAUCCCAAAUAUGUUCAGGAAAUUCUGGACUUAUGGCAGCCCUAUUAUAUGUUUUCAAAACACCGCUAAUGAUUUAUAGAUUUAUUCAAUGCGGGUUAUGCUUUAAAACACAUUUCUUGUAUAUAUGCAAAUAUCUCUCUGUGUAUAAGCAAGUAUUGUAAAAACAACUCUAUCCCAACCCCCCUUACUGGGAUAAUAGUAGGAUGUUGGCUCAUGGUGGUUAAUGCAGAGUUUUCUUUCUUUUUGUCCUUCAAGGAAAGCUAGCUGCUUUUUUGCAUAAUAUACGAGACUUGUUUCCAUCUUCCAUUGGUAUAUUUACUGCAGUAACGCUGUGCCUGAUCCUAUUUUUUGCCGCACUCGGGACAACUAUUUUGUGUAAGUAGCAAAGAAAACCCAUUAAAUCCUCUGGGCUGGUUUCACUUCAGUGUGAUGUAGACUUUCAAACAGAGUGCGCCUCAGUUAAGCCAUUUCCCUGAAACAACGCUGACCUACCCGGCACCUGCUGCGGGCACAGCUCAUUGUGGGAAAGCAGCCUACAAGUAUAUUCAUCCAGUCAAUCAAUUGGGCAGGUAAAGACAUGGCUACCUAGCAACGCUGGGAGCUUAAAGUGUGCUGUGAAUUUUUCCUUGGUGAGCAAGGCUCACUGACAGAACAAAUCAGCUGAGCCUCUUUGAAGACACAGCCUUUAGAACAGGGGUCAGCAAACCUUUUUAGGAGGGGGCUGAUUCACCACCCCUCAGACCUUGUGGCGGGCCAGACUGUGUGCGCACGCAUGCACACCCAAGCGGUGGAGGGGAGCUUGGCUCUUUCCCCCUCUCUCCCCCUGCUUUCCUACCUCCUCCACUGUUCUGCCUGAGGUUGGGAGCCAGCGGCAAUGGCGUCGCCUCUCCAUUCCAGGCCAGCUUUCCUGGGCGCUAAGCGCGGGGCCAGCAGGUGCGGCAUGCUCCAGCCGAAGCCCCGCGAUGCGCCCAUCACGAUGCCCAUAGCGUGGCCAUGGACAGAGGCAUGAGGGGGUGGGUGGCGAGUCUGGGUCAUGCCUCAGCGCACGGGUGGUGAACCUUCGGAUUAGCUGGCACCAGACAAAGCUCAGCUCCCUUCCUCCGCAGGGCGCGGAGAAGCCAGGAGGAGGGGGGAGGAUGGAGGAGGCCCCGCCGCAGUGUGGGGGGGGCAAAUGGUGCCCAAUUUUUUUUUGCAAAAAAAUGGCACAGCGUGAACAAUCACGUCGAUCCAAGCAGCAAUUCCAGGACUGUCCAUGGGCCGGAUCCAGAGGGCAAUUGGGCCUAAUCCGGGCCACGGGCCUUAGUUUGCCAACCUAUGCUUUAGAAGGUGGGUUGUGAGUACUAAUAAACUCACCAUCAGACCUCUUUCCUCUACCAGUCUACAGAGGAAAAAUGUCUAUUUGCAUGCCCCAUGGGAAUCCAUAUCUUAUCAGCUGAUUGGUGUUAACAAAACACAAUCAAAUGUAUUUGCUCUAAACACCAAUCAGUUGAUUGGUGCUAAGAACAAGCCCUGUUGAAGUUGCCACCUGAUGUCAUAUUGAUGUAAGGUGAGUGACAGGUGAGUGAUACCAUCCACCUGUCAAAGUUGGCCCACAGUGGGUGGGUGGGAAAUAAGAAUCUAGUCCACUGGUCAGAUCCCAUUUUACACACACACACACACACACACACACACACACACCGCUAUGUAUGGAGGGGAUAAAGUGGCUUUGCCUGUGCUGGCAGUGUCUCCUAAAAAUGCAGGUACAUCACAUCCCUCAUCAGUUAUUAUGUCAUUACCCAAUGUGCCCAUGAUGCUUGCAGAACCACAUUCUAGGUAGGACACAAUGGAUUUAGUAGUAGGGUUGGGGAAAGCAGUUCAUGCAGUAUACAAAAGCAUAGAUUUCAUGCCAGAAAAUAUGACUUCCCUCCAAGGAAAGCAGGUUCCAUAGCUAAGGCCUGGGGAGCCUUGAUUCAAAACCAGUCUCAGAAAUUCCAGAGUGGGGGUUCAGCCAUGCCCAGACAAGUGUGUUAGAAUACAAUUUAUUUUAUUCUUAACUCAUUUCUAGAUAUUCAGGGAUCAGGAAAGUCAUCUGCUGUAGUAAAAGCAUUUAAGAACAUUAAGGAUUUUAUGACAAAAAGGGAACCCUCUCUCAAAGGCAAGAAUGGUAAGCAAUGGGUUUCAGUCUGUGCAUUCAAGACCACGCCUCCCCCCUGCCCAACCCAGGGAUAUCACCCCACAGCAAAACUGUUUGUGACAAGGAAAAAAAGGGUUUAAAAAGGAGAAUUCCCUGGAUACAAAGAUCCAGGUUUGGGGCAACGACACUUUGGUGAGAGAGCCCCAGCGGAGAUUUAAAACCACAAAAUAUGCAGCAGAGUAAAGCAUGGAAAGAUAGGCUCUGAGGCUUUUAAAAUAUACCCUUCCAAACUUCAUGUCUUCUCCUAGCAUAGAAAAAGACCCAACAUUUGGUAAGUUAAAAAUUGAUUUACUUACAAACUCCUCAAAGGUCAGGUUCAUGCAGAGGCAUUCCGAGGUUGGGGGGGAGGCGGAUCGCCCUGGGUUCCAUUCCAAAAGGGGGUGACAAAAUGCUGACCCCCGAUUGGUGGCAAUCCCCAUGACGCACCGGUCACCCCCAAGGAUGCACGCCACGCCUCCGCGGGUGGCGUGCCAUGCCCCCUGGGACGUGCGCCAUGAUGCUAGGGAUACACGCCACACACCCCAGGACGAGCGCUUCUCCCAGUACCGGAGCAGGUUGCUUCACCUCUGGGUUCAUGUGCUUUUCCAUACAUCAGCCAGAAAACACAGGCAGUAAACUUGGCUUAAGUUACAGUAGUGGAAGUUCCUAAAUUAUUGGUAUAAGAACACAAGAAUGACUUGUAAGAGCCCUGCGGUCUGGGCUGCAACAACCAGCUCAAAAACUCUUCACAUGCUAAGCUUCUUGGGUAGACUGAAAGUAAACAAAGGCCUUGAUUAGCUUCAUCCCAAGGUGAGGGAAAGUGACCUAGCUAAGCCUGGCAGGAAAGCUUAUUCUAUGGUGUUAACCCCUUCAUGCAUUAAUUAUACUUCAGCGUGUUGGUUAUAUGAGGCUGGUUCUCCCAUAAGAACUUAUUAACAGUCUUUCAGCUCAGGCAGGGAGAAAAAAAUGCAGGGAAGUGGCUGCACUGCAGCAGGUGGAAGAAAAAUUAAACACCCUUUUAUCAUCUGCUACUUGUUUUCUGGAAAUGCUAUCCCUUCAUUCACAGUAUUCAGCCAGAACAGAGAACCUUUCGUUUGCUGAAAAGAUGUAGUUUAGAUCUGAUAAAUCAGAUUCAAACAUAACACAUACUCUUUAUAUGCUUGUCUGUUUUGCUAUGAAAUCAUUUGUGAUUGGUUUUGCUGUGAAACUCAAGAAAAACUAGGGAGUGAACCUGCAGGUCCCAUAAGAAAUGAAACCUACAAGCUUAGGCUUUUAUUUUAUUCAGAUGAGGAUGUGAUUUGGGUUAAGCCUGCCCUUUCCCCUUGAUGAUGCCAGACUCUGAAAAUCAGGACUGUUCUUUCUGGGUCCUAUAUUUGGGUUCUGCUUCUUCUUCUUCUUCUUUUCAUGCUAGAAUGUGACCGUUCACUGGAUUUUUGGAAAGUGGCUUUUAAUAUACAUUGAUGGAUGUUUGAGAUCCCACUGGCUUGAAUUAUUCAAACCUUUUAGAUGCUGAAAUAUUUCGUGAAACUCAGAAGUUAGCAGACAAACUGGUUGACUUGAUCAUCAAUGUGACUGAAAUAGAAGAUGAAAUUGGUAAGUUUCUUUGAGACAGUUAUGCUGGAGAAUCAUGGUUAUCUGCUUCCACCUUCCAUUUCUCAGCACCACGGGGGCUCAACUGCUGGAUCAAGAGGGCAGUACUAGUCUGUUGGAAUCCCUUCACAGACACUUCUCCAUGAAACGAGCCUAAAUGUUUUCAUUAUACGGACAAACGUUUUAGAGGGUUGGGUAUCCAGCCGUUUCAAUAAAUUAUGAUGGAUUAUAAUAGGAGUGGGACGCGGGUGGCGCUGUGGGUUAAACCACAGAGCCUAGGACUUGCCGAUCAGAAGGUCGGCGGUUCGAAUCACCACAACGGGGUGAGCUCCGUUGCUCAGUCCCUGCUCCUGCCAACCUAGCAGUUUGAAAGCACGUCAAAGUGCAAGUAGAUGAAUAGGUACCACUCUGGUGGGAAGGUAAACGGCGUUUCCCAUGCGCUGCUCUGGUUCGCCAGAAGCAGCUUGGUCAUGCUGGCCACAUGACCUGGAAGCUGUACGUCGGCUCCCUCGGCCAAUAAAGCGAGAUGAGCGCCUCAACCCCAGAGUCGGUCACGACUGGACCUAAUGGUCAGGGGUCCCUUUACCUUUACCUUGUAAUAGGAGUACGUAAUGCUGUGUGUGUGUGUGUGUGUGUGUGUGUGUGUGUGUGUGUGUAAAGAGAGAAAGAGAGAGAUACCUUUAGUUUGGCUUCUCUUAUUUCCCUAUUUUCCUCCCUUCUCUUUUCACUGCAAAUUCCCGGCUUGUUUCAAAGAGGAUAUUAGUAAAAAGCUUCGUCAGCAAUGGGUGCCGUACAAGGAAGUCUUAUAUUUAUUUGAAGACAGAACGAAGCCGUGGCACAAAGCAAUAACAGCUUGUGAGGAUGAAAAAUCCAUGCUGAUUACUAUUGGAAGUCUUGAAGAGGAGGUGAGCAGAACACUGGAAUACAUGAACACCAAAACUAUUCCUUCACAAUUUGAUUAUUUUAUGCCCUUUGGGUGCUUAUGAAACUUCUGUAGCAUCUCAACAACUUCCUGCUCCUUUCCUCCACAAGCAGAAAAAAAUCACGUGGCAAAAUUAUAUAAACUGUGCUCCAAUGAUCAAAAAGUACUGGUGAUUUGGGGGGUGUGUGUUUAUUUUUUAAAAUAAUGUUACAAAAGUUGGGUGCCACCCCCACUCUCUGCCGAGCAGUGGCAAGUGUUGAUGGAUCUCAACUAAAACUCUCUUCUACCGGCUGCUUAGUCCAUGUAGUCCAGGGUGACUACUCAGGAACAUAACGUGCUGAACAGUAACUUGAUGUGUAUUUGCUUUUAUUAUAUACAAAGUAUAGCACAGCUUUGUACAAGUUACUAUAUGCACAGACGCAAUUUAAACUCUACACACCAACCUCUGAACUCCAACACCAAACUACUGUGUCAUGCUGCUUAUAAGGGAAAACUUUUACCCAAUCAUUGCCUGUUGCUAGGCUUCCCUGUCUCCAAGCACACUUUCUCACGUACUUUUGCUUAACUUGGCUUCUUGCCAACUCACUAAUUGUCCACUUCAAAGCUGCAGUUUCUCAUAAACCUCAACAGCAAGAUCCCAGGAGGUUCCUAGCACUUAGCCAGGGUCUGUGUUCCUUUAGAGAACUGAGACAGAAGAAGAGUUUGGAUUUGAUAUCCCGCCUUUCACUCCCCUUCAGGAGUCUCAAAGCGGCUAACAUUCUCCUUUCCCUUCCUCCCCCACAACAAACACUCUGUGAGGUGAGUGAGGCUGAGAGACUUCAGAGAAGUGUGACUGGCCCAAGGUCACCCAGCAGCUGCAUGUGGAGGAGCGGAGACGCAAACCCGGUUCCCCAGAUUAUGAGACUACCACUCUUAACCACUACACCACACUGGCUCUGCAGAGACUGCCGUAGCUUUAAGAAAUAUGGUUUAUUUGCCUAUUUACACCUUCAGUCUGCAUGGAGUUCAGAUACAGCAUAGUCAUUUCAAAAGGGGUUUGUAUCCCACAGCCGUGCAGCCCUGGAGUCAAAGGCAUCUCCCAUCCAGACUGCAGGCAGCCUACUCAAAAUGGAUUCCAAUCUUUCUUCUCUUUCUUCUUCCCAGCAAACCUUGCUAAAGACUUUCUUUUUCCGUCACUUCACACCCAGUUACCUUGGCCACCUUCUGUCUGCCCAGGCUCAAGAUUCCUCUUAGAUGGGCCAUCAACACCUUUUGUCAUAUUAAUACCUCUUUCCCAGGUGAGGACUUGACUUGGAAGGGAAGUUUAGCAUGUGUUUUUCCACUGCAAUCUUCCCUUCAAUACUCCAAAUAAUCAAAAUCCUACUGCAGAGUUUAUGAACCAAGCUAAAAGUAUCAGAUUGCUGGGCACUUUGCUAGAAUGUGUUUUGAGUUGCAGACUGGACAUAGUACAAUGUCAAUUUCCUUACACCUCCUGGUAUAAGAAAGAGAAAGAGAAAGAGAAAGAGAAAGAGAAAGAGAAAGAGAAAGAGAAAGAGAAAGAGAAAGAUGAAUGUCAAUAAGUGCAUAGGUGCCCAACCUGAAUUAAUUCACCUCUGAUAAUUAUAAUAAUAUAAUUAUAUUAUAUAAUUGAUACCAUUUUUUUUUUAGUCCCCCCCACAUUAUUCCUUUCAUCAGACAUUCAAAUGAGUACAUGUAGGUGGGAAAAGAAACCAAGCUUGUUUCUGUGAUGAAACAUUCUCCUGCCCAUGUACAUUUCACAUUUGUUUCACUACUGGAAGAGACUGUUUUUCUCCUAAGAAAGAUAUGUAAUCUGGAAUUGAUUUGAAAGAGGAUUCUGGUUCCUCAUUCCUAGGAAAGACCUUCUGAUUGUGCUCUUUGCAGGAGUUUCUAGAAAGAGAAACCAAUACUGCACAUCAAGACUCGUGGAUUGGUCUCCCUUAUAAGGAUGGGAAAUGGCAAUGGUAUAACGGUAUUAAUGUUGGAACCACGUGAGUGUAAACAAAAUUUCUCUGCUUAUUGUAUUGUAGAAACCUUGUUAGGCAUUCAUCUCUGAGCACACUUGUUUUUCUUUACCUGCAUCUAGAAUUCACACAGGCUGUGGUUUUAUAUUUCUUUUUGAGCUCUAUAGUUUAGUAGAAGGCAAGCAACCAUCUCCUUUCCAUUUUAAUCAAAAGUUGACAUGCAGUGAUCUUGAGUGUUUAAAAAGUCUUGAUAGUUUUGUUGCCUCAUCUUUAGCAAGCCAGCCAUGGGGGACCUGUCAGUACCACCUUAUUUACAAACAGUCCAGAGGGUUGCAAUGGCUGUCAGUCUCUGCCUACUUGGACUCAACGUUGCCAUCAUAGAGCUCAAAAGAAAGGAGAAUGGGAACAAAAGCAGGAUUAGUUGGCUCUGUCUAUCAUUGGUUGUUGCUCUGCUAUCCAUUUUUUCUGGCUCCACCAAAUGAGGUUCAUCAGUGGUGUAGUGUGUGGGGAGGAUGAGGGGACUGUCACCCAAGACACAGUUUUUGGGGGGGCACAUCAUGGCACCCUGCCUCAGCAUGAGCAGUUGCAUCCUUCUCAGUGCCCUCCAGCUGGAGGGCAGUUGAGAAGGACACAACAGGAUGUGCCCUGGCCCUGCAAGCUCAGUGAUGUUUUUCUGAAGGGCAUUGUGCAAGGAGAGCAUUGUGGCCUGUUGCGUCCUUCUGUUGGCAACUGAGAAGGAGGCAACAGACAUGCACCCUGGACCCUGCGAGUAAGUCCGUAGCGCUGGGCUCACAGGGACCAGGGCUCAGGCCUGUUGCAUCCUUCUCAGCCACCCUCCAAUUGGAGGGCACCGUGAGAAGGAUGUAACAGUUCACAGCACCCUUCCUGCAAGCCCAGCACCGCUCGCAAAAGCAGCACUGGGCUUACAGGGCCAGAUCACAUGCCUAAGCACCCUGGGUACAGGAGGGGGACUCUCCACUGCUGAGCUUCGUUGCUAGAGUAGUAUUUUAAGCAACAGUUUUUCCAACCUGCCUUCUCAUCUCCUUUUCAGGUCUUGUUUAAUUUUUCUGCUCCAACUAUCCCCCCCCAAAAAACCAAUAUAUAUUAAAAUGUUUGUUAUCAUGAGGUUUUUUUAACAAAAAAGAAAAAAAUCGAUUGGGUUUUGUUGUGGUUCUGUGGCUUUUCUUUAAUGAGACACCCUACUCAUCUCUAGAGUUAAAUUUCCAUGAGGCUUAACAAAAUGAGUGCCCCUCCCCCAAUCCGCCACCCAAUUCUCAUGUAUCAAAUAGGGGGUGCUUUGUUUUAUUCUACAAUUUAUUACCUGCUCUUUAGUAGGGGGAUACCUUCUGCACUAAUUGCAAUAUAACUGUGAGAAACAAAAUACAAUAAAAUUAUGUAGUGUGAAAAAGGCAUCAGAUAAUGUACCGUGGGAUCUAUACUGUGAGAGACAGCUCACAGUGGCAAAAAGAAACUCCCCCCAUAAUGUAUUUUCUGCUGAUGGACAGAAUCUUUUUUUAUAAAUGAAUAAAUAAAUCUAUGCAUUGCAGUUAUGAGUAGGUGGCAACCCUGAGGCAGAAAACAGGAGUGUGAGAGAACUGAGCUGAACAUUUCCUUAACAUUCCUAAAUAAAGUAAAUAUCCAAUGUGGAUUCAUUCCUUUUGAUUCACUUAUUUCUGGUGCUGCCUUUUGUUUUCAGUUACUGGAAGGCAGGUAUGCCGCAUGACUUAGAUAACAAACGCUGCGCCAUCCUAAAAGCACAUUGCUCUACCCCCCAAAAAUGCUGGGAAAACAUUCCCUGUGAUAGACAAAAAAGAUGGAUAUGUAAGAAGAUGCCUGAUAAAAGGUGGUACACGUUAAACCCUUGAUGAAACUGGAUUGCAUGAGCUCUAUGCUAAAAACAGACCACAGUGGAUCCAUCCCCGCUUUUAAAAGUCAGCUGUCUGGGUUAUGGAAUCAGGGCAUGGGAGAGCUCAACCCUCUGCUGUCAACAAUCAAAAGCACCUUGUCAGUAUUCCUUCCUCAGGACUGGAAGAAGAGAUCUUAUUUUGCAACCUCAAAGACUUGGACCGCAUGGAAGAAUUCAGUCCUAACUGGCUUCUGUACUUCCAAUAAAUUAAUUUUGUAUAAUGUUACAGGUCUAGAGUUAGUGAAUGUUAGAAAUUAAUAAAAUGGUGGAAUUCAGGUAAUAUUGGGGACAUUGAGGGGGAAAUACAGGCUGCAGCAGGUCUCCUGAACUGUGCCAAACACGGAAAUUGCUGGGUUUAGCCUAUGCAAACUAGCCUGGGCUGAAGUUCUGGCCAGGCUAGUUGAGUGCAAGCCAUUAUGAAACAGUGGCAGUCAUCAAAAUGUCAAAGAAACACCCUUGGGUCUGUGCACAACAGGGGUUGCCAAGAGCAUGAUGAGAGCAUGAUGCUACAUAGGAAAAACGUAUCCCUUUUAAAACUGAGAGAUUUGGAGAAGGGGAGGGGCAGCUUAGCAAAGGUUCUUGAGGAGAAGAAAGGAGGGGCCAGAACUUCAUAUGGGGACUGGAGGGCAGAAGUAUCUUGGCAGGCCGGCUGAAGGCAGGCUCUGACAGCGGCAAGGAGCUGUCUUGCAAUCUGAUGCUGCACUGCUGUGGGGAACAAGCUACUCUUGAGAUGUGAAUGCUAUAACCUCUGCACUCCCUCCAUCUACACCCUGGUGUAAAUAUGGUCAAAUAAAUCAUAUUUCUCAAAUGCAUGACAGUCUCUGUUGCGUCUUUUUUAUAUCAUUUUUAUUAAGUCUCCAACAAUAUUCUAAAGCAUUGGUCAUCAUAUACAAUUUUUUAACGUGCAAAUUUGCUUCCUGACUUCCCUCCUGUCCUUUCCUGAUGUUCGUUUUUUUACUCCUUUUCAUUAGCUGCUUUACAACACAUGUAUUUUUAUUUUCUAAACCCUGCUACCGUUAAAUCUUUCAUUAAUCCACUGUUUAUAUUUUUAAAUCCUGAUAGCAACUUCAACUAUUGGUGAUAUUUUGAAAGGUAACCCAUCCAGGGUCUCCAUUCUUCCUUAAACACUUCGUCAUUAUGUCCUCUUAAUUUGGCAGUUAAUUUCACAAUUUCAGCAUAUUCCAUCCAUUUCAUAAGCCAUUCUUCCUUAGUUAAUAAUUUUUUCUCUUUCCACUUCUGUGCAUAUAAACUUCUAGCUGCUGUUGCCACAUACAUAAAUAAAC